GGAGAACAUAUAUUCGAAUCAAAACACGCACGGAACUGGUCAAUUUAGGACGAAUAUUUUGCCCUUGCCCGAGAAGUCGGAGAGGAGGCUGUCGCAACCCUUGGACUUGAGUCAAACCAUUCCGGAGCCAUUGCGAGACCAGCCAGAAAAUGUGGUUAUUGGAAAUUGGGCAAUAACAACUUAUGAGCCGACGUACAUCUUACGGAGAAAUGCCGAGUAUUUUGAUGUUGACCAAGACGGCACCAUAUGGCCCGAGGAUACAUAUAUGGGUUGUAGAAAACUAGGUUCGUCCCAAAUGACUACCUAGUAGCAUGAAAAUAAAAGCUGAACAAUACCCUAGGAUGGGGCAUCAUGUCCUCCUCUCUUACCAUGUUCGCACUCCAUUUAAUACUCUCCUAUCCAACCUGUUCGGGGCCCAUACCUGAUCUACACUCCCGAAUCCACCACGACAAUACGCAACACCGUAGAAACGGUAGCUUAAAGGUGCUGUACGACGAAAAGGGACGUCCGAGGCGUAACCGAGCGUGUGAGAGUAUCCUGGCAAAGUACGAUAAAAGCAAUAAAGGCGGUCUCACUUUCCGAGAUCUCCUGCACUUCUUCAAUGAGCAGAGAGCUGAGUAUAACGUUUAUGGCUGGAAUAUCGCUGUCUUCGAAUGUGAGUUGAACGUUGCCGUUAUUGGAUCCCUAGUACUUAACACAUGAUACUGACUCCGAUCAAGGGCUGGUUUUGUACAUAUUCCUCUGGCCCCGUAACGGUAUCAUGCGGAGCGAAGAUAUCCGCGCGGCCUUCAAUGGCACUAUUCUUUACAUGAAAGCAGAAGAGCACCAUCACAAGGUUGAAAUACAUCGCAAGAAACCUGGCAAUGGGGACGGUUUUAGAACUAGGAGGCGAUUUAACCCCGUGAAACUUGCUGUGGCAAUCAUAACCGGAAUCGUCAUUACGAUUUGGGCUUUGCGAAAUAGAAACCCGAAUACAUCGGAUUGGACGAUGCGUUGGUGGAAGAAAUACAAUAUCUUAAAGGGGGCGAGUGCGACGGAUCCCGGCCUAUUCGAUAGCUGGUGAAU